UAUAUAUAUUUAUUUAUUUAUUUAUUUAUAUAUAAAUCCCUAUGUGUGAUGAAUGUGGUCUGUAGAGGUGAGGAUCAUAAUCAGCUGCCUGCUUCAAUGAACGGAAAAAAAUACAAUUUCUAGAGGUCAGCUGGCUGCCAUCGUCGGGCAAGGGAUGUGGCCAUCUUAACGUGGCUUCAGGUUAGUGGCAUUGGGCUAGUAUCAACGAAGACAGUGUAAGUCAAGUUCACCUGCACCACAUUUUCAGUACAGAACUUCACGGGUGGCAGAUGCCGAGGAAGACCUUUUUGAAUUAGUGAAAAUGCUACCUAUAAAUUUAGACAGAUCCUCAGCCAGGAUCAUGAUUCAACUUUUGGAGGAGGAACUGUCUGCUGAAUCCCUUUUUACACUGUACAAGCUGAUAAAAGUCAGCUAAUUUUCAUAUGUUAAUAAUAAAAGAAAAUGGUGACUUGUUAGAAAUUUGUACUGUGAUUUUGUUUGCCAGAAAUAAAUUGAUUAUUGCAUAUUAUCAUUGGAUUUGUUAAGAGUUAAGAAAAUUAUAUAAAAAAUACAAUUGUUUAAAUAAACCACAUGUUUUCUUCUUAAAACUGGAUUGGUAUAAAUAAGUACAAGCAGCAAUCAUAGAGUAAUAAUGGUUAAAGAAAGAAAAAAAAGUGGAAUUAAAAAUAACUGUAAAGCCCCAUUGUGUUUUUGCUGGCAUGGGAAUCAGUCAUCGGAUCAUGUCCCAAAAUCUUGUCCAGCUUGUGAAAAACGUAAAAAGCAUUCUAAUGAGUUUCACAAGUGUAUAAAGCAAGAAGUGGAACUCAGCAGUGGCUACACAGCAGAAACAGUUUCAACUUUUACUGAGGAUUUAGAAAAAGAGAGUUCUCCAAAAGCAAAAGCAGCAACAAAUAAAAAGCAUAAACGGUAUAAAUUUGAGAAUCUAUCAAGAUUUUUGAAAUCAGAAAGUAAAAUAUUGUGUAAUGAACCACAAAAGAUAAUUUUUCCACAACUACUUAAAAAUGAAAAAUAUUUUCACACACUUGUCAACAAAGGUAAUUUGGAAAAAGUUGACAAGUUUUUAAAAAAUACAAGUAAUUUUAACGUUAACUGCACAGAUUUCCAAGGACAGACACCUUUGAUAAUUGCAAUUAAAAAUAACAAUUUAGAAAUGGUAAGAUUGUUAUUACAACAAGAUAAUAUUACAAUAGCAGAUGCUAUUCUUCAUGCUGUGAAAGUGGGCAAUGUUGAAAUUCUUCAGUUAGUACUUGACCACAUCAAUACGACUAAUUGCAGAAUAGAAUUUAUGGAUGCCCCAUCCUUUGAAUUUCCACCUUACAUCACACCACUUGUUUUGGCAGCAGAAAUGGGAAAUUUUAAAAUAGUGAGUUUGCUGCUAGAAAGAGGUCACUUUAUACCAAGGCCUCAUAAGCCGCAGUGCUUUUGUAAAGCCGAGUGCAUGCGUAUUUUCAAGAGUGAGGAUCCAGUGACUGUGGCAAACUCCAAACUUCAUGUUUAUAGUGCUCUCUCUAACCCUGUUUACAUUUGUCAAAUGGCAAAUGAUCCUAUUUUAGCCGCUUUCAAAUUAUCAAAGGAACUUAAGACAGCUGGGUUAAUGGAUAUGGUCAAUAAAGUUAAGUAUUAUAAAUUGGCCAAAGAUGUAAGAGUAUUUGCAGCCCAAUUAGCAGCACUUUGCUAUAACAAAGAAGAAGUGGAAGUUAUAUUAAAAGAACAAAAUGAAUCUGAAAGGAAAACUACCUCAUAUACGAAGCUGAAGAAAGCGAUUUUAUACAAACAAAAGGAAUUUAUUUCAAGUCCUAAUAUCCAAUAUAAAGUGGAAGAAUUGUGGUCAGGAAGAUGGUACACAUGGAAAACAUAUUCUAAACCUUUAAAGUUGUUCAUUAUCUUUGGAAGAGUUUUUUGCCUGCCUUUUAUUUUUUUGUCUCACUGUUGCUUUCCAACAUCACAUUGGUCAAAUUUUCAUGCUACUCCUAUUAACAGGUUCAUUAAUUAUUUAUCAAGCUAUUUUGUUUUUCUGGUUUUUGUCACCCUCCACUUUUACACUGGCAAAAGGGAUGUGGAUAAAGAUUGGCAAUUUUAUGCUUAUGAACCAUAUUUGAUGUGGUUCACGUUUACAUCAAUGCUAUCAAACUUUCUUUUGUGGUAUAGGCAAGGUAGGAAUUAUUUCAAGUUUUAUUUAAAUAGGUAUUGUAUGGCUGUUGAUGCAUUAUUUUUGAUAACUUCUGUGUUUUGGUUGAUGUCGAUAAGUUCACAUUUCUCAAUGAACAACCUAGUUGAAAAUAAUCAGAAUUUCUUCUAUCCGAAGCAAUUAGCAGAAAAUUUGUUUGGAAUAGCUGCGAUUUUAGCUUAUAUAAAAUUAAUAAUGUUUUGUCAAAUGGAAUAUCACUUAGGACUGGUUUUGAUUUUUAUUGGAAAACUUUUAAAACCAUUAUGGUCUUUUUUCCUAAUAAUGUUUAUCAUACUAAUAGCUUUUGCACAAGCUUCAGGAAUAUUCCAUUCAUACUAUUCUAAAUUGUUCUCAAUUGAAACUGAAGAAAAAGAUGGAGAAAGCUCAUUUAUUUCACCCUUUGAAACACUCAAGUAUUUUCUGUUUGGAACAUUUGGCUUAGCAGCAUUUAAAGGUGAAAGCAAUGCUUUUUUGAAAAAUAAACCUAUCUUCACCGAGGUAGUUGGCUUUGCUGUAUUUAUAAGUUUUUUAUGUAUAAUUUCUUCUCUCAUGGUUUUUAUGCUUGUCUUUAUGGCAGCCAAAUCUCAGAAAUUAUUAGACGAUCUCAAAAUAGAAUGGAUAUACAGAAGAACUGAAUUAAUACUGCACUUUAUGGACUUGCCAAUAUUGCCACCACCAUUAAAUGUUCUACCAACUAUAAGAUAUUGUAUUACAACAUACAAAUCACAGCAUAAAAAUAACGAGAUGGAAAAGGGCCUUUUGCAAGAUGAAAAGGACGAAGAAUUAUCCAGUAUUGUAAUAUCCCAACUAGUACAGAGAUAUUUUGCAAAAGCAAGUUAAGGAAUUGUAAAUGAAAAGAAUAAUUUAUUGUUAAAUCCAUAACACUUGUUUUAUACAAAUGUUUCAAUAUAA